ACNUAUUGAAAAACCACAAGUUUGACUUCAAAAAUCGCCAGCUGAAUAUGGCGGGCGCUGUGCACUGAAUUGAAAAAGAAAAAAAUAACACAAUAAAUUAAAAUUCUGACACCCUGUAUCGCGCAUCACAAUGGAAUAUCUGCUGCUCAACGCCUUCGAGCAAAACUACUACAAUCGCAUCAAGGAGUUUGAGCGCGUUGUAGCCGCAACUGCAUCCGCCGCCGCCGCAUCUGCUGCCACACAGAAUGCGCUAGCGGCACGCAACACUUCCCAUGCGUCUACGAAUAGUACCAGCCACAACAGCAACAACACUGUAAAUGACUCGUCGACCACCUCAUCCAUAGCUUCGCCCUCAGCAUCCUCCUCGACCGCCUCAUCACUCUCAUCUUCACCAACAUCUGCUGCCGCCACCGCUGGCGCUGCACUGCCUGCAUCCAGUCCAACGGCCAGCACGCAUAGCAGUAGCAGCAGCAGCUAUCAAGCAGCCGCUACCAGCAAAAUAAACAACGCUCUAACAAAUGGCCACAAACUUCCGCAAACGCAACCACAACAGCCGCUGGCUGUGGCAGCGGCGGCGGCGGCGACGACGGCAGCAACAGCUGCCCAACAGCCGCUAUCACCGCCGCAUCAUUUCACGCAUACAUUUUCCGCUGCACAAGCUGCUGCUGCCGUCGCGGCCAUGGCUGCACAACAGCACCUGCAUCAGCUGCAGCAUCAACAAUUGCAACAGGCGGGGCGGUUAGGUGGCGCGCAUCAUGUCGCCGCCGCCGCCGCAGCGCCGCCAUCACCAACAAUUUCACACAUGCAAUUGCAAACGUUGCCACUACCACUACAGCCGCCGCCGUCUCAUUUGCAACACUUGCAUCACCACCACCAGCAACACCACCACCAUCAUCAUCACCAAUCGGCUGCGCACGCGCAUGCGCAUUUGUUGCACGCGCGCGAUCAACAAAACAACUCGAAUAUGGCGAACAGUUUGUUGUGGCAACCGUGGCGUGAUCCCCAUCACCACUUGUAUCAACAACAACAGCAGCAGCUGCAAAAAG